AUGCCGAUUUCACCUAAACGAACUCGUAGUCAACAGACAGCUUAUCAUCAUCAACAACAGCAACACCAAGAAUCAGUACCACAAGACAAUGAAUAUGAUAACUAUGUUUAUUAUCCAUAUUAUUCUAAAACAAUGCCUAAUAAUGGUUAUGAAUAUGUACAAGAACCGGAUCAAUAUGAAGACCAACGAGCACAAUCAAAUCAAACAUAUACAAAGAAUAAAUCAGCUUCAGUCCGUCGAGCGUGA